GCUGGAGACGACGCCCUCUCGGCACAGGACCCUCGCCGGGAUGCUGCUGGGGACGUCGUUCAGCGUGGCCGUGGUCCUGUUCGCGGGCGCCGGCUACCUCGUCAGGACGUGGCGGUGGCUCCUCCUGGCGGGCUCGGCGCCGCUGCUCGUCGUGAUGCCCUUGGCCUUCCUAGUCUCCGAGUCUCCCCGGUGGCUUAGUCAGCAGGGACGAGGUCACGAGGCGGGGGUCAUCUUGGGUCACGCCGCCGCCAAGAACCGCGUCCAGCUCUCGCCUGCCCUGACCUCCGCCCUCCGUGAUCUGCAGGAGGAGGUCAUAGAGAAGCCACAGAGGUCACAGACAGCGGACAUGACCUGGGGAAAGAGGGCACGGGCGAAGCUACACCAAAUAACGGCUUAUCUGCGUUUUCCUGCGUUAAGACGUAUUAUUGUGGCCACGACAGGUAUUUGGUAUCUACAAGGUAUCCUCUACUUGGGUAUCAUCCUCAACGCUAAUAAUUUCACGAGCAACGACCCUUAUAUCUACGUGGCCAUGUCUGGGACGAUGGACCUCAUAGCCAUCCUCAUAGCCACGCCCCUGAACAUGCGGAUGGGGCGUCGGUUUAUCGUGGGCGGGGCUCUUCUGGUGGCGGGCGUCCUCCUGCUGGUGGAUCUCGCGGUUCCCGAGGAAUUCAUGUGGAUACGGUGGGUCCUUGUGAUGACGUCACUGCUCCUUAUCGCUGCCGUCUUCCAGGUGAACUUCAUGUACGUGCCAGAGCUGUACCCAACCGUCAUCAGGUCUCGAGGCUUCGCACUGGCCAGCCUCGCGGGGAGUUUUGGGUUCCUGACGGCGCCCUUCAUCACAGACGUUCUGGCGCAGAAGACGUGGUGGGCGGUCGGCGCCACUUUCGGCUCGGCAGGAAUUCUGGGGAGCCUCUUGGUGCCCCUUUUGCCCGAAACAAACAACAUGCCUCUCCCGGACACGAUCGAGGACGUCGAAAGGAGGCGGGAGGGCAUCAGGGCGGCCAAGAAGGGCAAGACGAGAGAAGAUGAAGCCGAGGAAAUGCCCGCCAUCGGUCCUGCUGAGGAGGCUUAAUUUAAGACUUUAGGCGUCGGUGUCAUCAGCUGAUCAUGGUGUCGGUGUCAUCAGCUGAUCAUGGUGUCGGUGGCAUCAGCUGAUCAUGACGUCGGUGGCAUCAGCUGAUCGUGGCAUCAGCUGAUCGUGGCAUCGGUGGUAUCAGCUGAUCGUGGUGUCGGUGGCAUCAGCUGUUCAUGGCGUAGGUGGCAUCAGCUGAUCGUGGCGUCGGUGGCAUCAGCUGCUCAUAACGUCGGUGGUAUCAGCUGAUCGUGGCGUCGGUGGCGUCAGCUGAUUAUAUUGUCUCGGCGGCAUCAGCUGGAAGAUGCGGUGGCCGUCAACUGAUUAAACUGUGAUGUUUAUUAUUAAUCUGUCAUUAUUAUUUAGUUGUAUCCCUGGUUUAUAAAUAAAGUUCAAUUGUUUU